AUGGCGGUCUUCGGCUCGUUCGACAACCUGAGCUAUCCACAUCUGGUACUGGCACUGCUGGCAGCUGUCGUGGUUCACGUCGUCGGCACCUGCACCUACCGACUGCACUUUCACCACCUCGCAAAGUACCCAGGACCGUUCUGGGCACGUCUCAGCGUGUGGCCUUCUUACCUCCAGACAGUGCAAGGCAAUCGACAUGUCUGGCUGUAUGAGUUGCACCAGAAGUACGGACCAAUUGUUCGAUAUCGUCCUGAUGCCGUUGUUAUGAACACACCUGAGGCCUACAGAGCUAUCUUCGGGCCAAAUAGCAAUGUCAAGAAGACUGAGUCAUACUAUCGUGUCUGGCCGCACAACAUCAACUUUAUCAAUACCUGGAAUGUGACCAAUAUUGAGGCUCAUUCUCGCAAACGACGUGUUCUCAAUCAAGCCUUCUCUGGCCGUGCUCUUCGCGGCGCUGAGCCGCACAUUCACACCAACGUUGAUCGAUGGCUUCAAUUGAUCAAGGAAAAAAUCGUUGCUGGCACAGAAUGGACAAAAUCUUUGAAUAUGGCCUACGAAGCCAACUAUCUCGUCUUUGAAAUUCUUGGUGAUCUAUGCUUCGGCAAAUCAUUCGACAUGAAGGAGCCUGGGAGCGAUACCAAGAACAUUCCCGACCUGAUGGGCUCCUUCUUGCAACUGAUGCACCCGAUUGCGUACUCGCCCAUGGCUGAAUGGUGGUUGUGGAUGAAGCCAAGAGGUCUGGACUGGCUACUAACCUUCGCCAUUCCCGAGGAUCUGAAGAAAUGGCAGAUGUUCGUCAAGAACAACCUCAGUGAGCGGACUAAGGUCGAGCAGCAGCUGGUCAAGUCCGGCAAAGGCGAAGGGGCCGCUAGAAAGGACUUCUUCCACUACUUGUUUGAUGCCAAGGAUCCAGCUACGGGCAAGGCUGGGUACGAGCUCAACGAGCUAUAUGCUGUAUGCGAGGCGUUGACAAUUGCUGGGUCCGACACAACAGCCAUCGUCACAGCAGCCAUGACCUUCUACCUUGGUUGCGAUCCUCGCAUACAGGACAAGCUUACCACGGAGAUUCGGAGGGUCUUCUCCUCGUACGACGAGAUUGCUUCUGGAGCAAAGCUGCAGUCAUGCAAGUACUUGAAGGCAGUCAUCACUGAGACUCUCCGCAUGGCGCCGCCAGUCCCCGCCGAUCUAGCUCGUGAAGUCAUGCCAGGCGGUUCCACGGUUGAAGGUCAUUUCUUCCCGGAGGACACGAAAGUCAGCACUUGCUUGUACAGCCUCAGCUAUAAGCCGGAUGUUUACGAGAAGCCUUUUGUCUUUAGGCCAGAGCGCUGGUUGACUGAUAAGGAAGAUCCCGACAGUGAUCCAGCAGAGAAGGUAGCGCUUGCAGACAGUGGCUUUUGUGCUUUCUUCACAGGCAAUCGUGGGUGUGUUGGCAUGAACAUGGCAUGGAUGGAGAUGAAGAUCGUGUCAGCCAAACUGAUAUACACUUUCGAGCUGAGCCAGGAUGCUGCUGAUAGUGUUGGCGGUGGCAGUCCAUCGAAGCCGCCUGGCUACCAAGACCCAAGAGUGUACCAGCUGUUCGAUGCCUUCGUGGCUAUGCGAGAUGGGCCGAUGGUUGAGUUCAAGCUGCGAGCAUAA